AUAAAACGUUGAUAUUUGUGUGUUCGUGCACUGAUACAAGUAAAAUACAGCUUCAUAGAUAUGUUUUACAUGUAUGACCCAUGAUGCAGCUUAGCUGGAGAUGGCGGUUCUAAAAAGAAAACAAAUGGUUCUCUGGAUAUUAAAUGUUGUGAACAUCUGCUCCUUCAUGAUCUUUCCAGGGAUUUGCGGUGAUGUUCCCGAUGAUGUUGUCUACACCGAGUUACACAAAGAUGUAAGAAUAGGAGACAGAGCAGUCCUUCCAUGCCGGUUUAGAGGUUCACCAUUGGCUGUUUAUUGGAAGAAAGGUGAAGACCCAAGACGAUCACCAAACCUUGUAUCAUGGAUCACAACUGAUGAUGACACUGGUAAAUGUCAACUGCAAAGUGUGUGCGACAUCAUGGAAAUGAAUGAAAACUAUUCUCUGGUCAUCAAGGAAGUCAGUAUUUCGGAACUAGGUCGAUACAUCUGUAGAGUUUCGAACUACAAAGGGAACAUCAUAAACAACUUUACAGACGUCAGUGUAUAUGCUCCCCCAAAAGAACCUUAUCCGAUCAUCGAUGGAUGUAUCAAUUUGGAUUCAUCUGGCAGCAAUUAUGAGCUCUGCCGUAUUCCGACCAACGAUAGCACCAUUACCUUAACUUGCUCAGUGACGAAUUACUACCCCCAGAUAGAACUUUUCUUCCUGCAUGGUUCUAAGAAGAUGACUACUAUAAACCCGGUGCAACAGACUAAUGCUGAUUUGACGAAAAAUAGGUCAAUUUCAAUAGAGGCCCGAGUAAGUGAAACUCCAUAUACCUGUGUUGCGUCAGACAUUCCUGGCUCUUUAACAGAGCAGAAAGCUGCAACAAUCUUAUUGGAACCAAUCCCCUCACCAACUACUGAGACGAUAAAGAAACAAAUCCCAGCCGUGAAAAUAGUUGUUCCGCUAACCCUUCUUCUUGUGAUUGGAACUGCUGGAGGAUUCUUGUGGCGAAAACGUACCAGACGUAACAUUAACAGAUUGGACAAAAAAGAUAAUUUCUUUUAUAACCCUGUUGCUGCUGAUUCUGAGAGCUCUACAUUUCACCUUCGUAUAAAAGAUGGUGUCACGAGCAGGUUAAGCUUACAGGCCAACCAAGAUUUUGAUGGAAUUCUGCAAAGAAUAGCACAAUCUCUUCAUAACAAAUCGGACGUCAAUUGUCUUGGAACAGCCUUGGGAUUUGGGCAAGCAGAUAUCAAUGCAUACACAGAUGAGAAUGAGAGACACGAUGGGGGCUAUAGGGAAACUUUGGAUAUGCUCAGAAAGUGGGCAGAAAUGCAGGCAAAUUCAACAGAAAGAGUGAAACUUCUACCACAGCUAUUGGAAGCGCUAUUGGUAAUCCUUGAUGGUAAACAUUUGAGCAAAGCCGAAGCCAAUACUUAUGUAAAUUCUACUAUCACCAUUCGUGUUUGCAAUGAGGUAUCUCUUCUUAACGAUGCAGAUAAUGGCAGGGACAGUCCCCAACAGAAUGGAUAUUUUCCAGUUCCUACCUUUUUUUGAAGAAAGGUUCUUCAGUUUCAGCAUACCCCCACAGAGUCACGUAUCAACGCCUCAACAUCUAUCUCUUUAACUUGAAUGCCGGUGAGAUGACGGUCUAUAGACUGCGGCUCUCCUGUGACUGUGGUGCAAAGAGGACCAACUAAAGGGCGUGCUGUACCAAUUAGUCCCGCUUUCAGUAACUCGCUGGUCCAGACCAGGCCCGGGUUAAUUCGUAAAAGUUUAAGUUUUGUUGCCUGUAGCAAUUUCACCGUGCACCAGGUAUUCUUUUAUUGGCAUGUUGGUCCUAAACAAGACCUGUCACAAUCGGUCUUCCGACAAGUGCAACUUUGUCGUCUUCACCAAACAACACAUGGUAUAACGUGAAAUCACUACACUCUACUUCGUCGUUAAGGUAACCUUCAGCAGUUACAGGGACGAAGGAAUAAUGGAUGCAUUCAUUGUUCAGUUUUGUGAUCAUCUAUGCAUUGUAAUAUAAACACCAAAAAGUAAGUUCCUCCCUUAGUCAAAAUAUUGUAACUUUUUUAACGGAGUAAUUUUUAGAUAUAAUAUUUCGUAUGUGUUUUUUUACUCUCAUUAAACAACUCCUAGGGGGGGGGGGGAUGGGAUCGAUUUGUUGAGUCAUGCAUGCGUAAUCAAAGAUGAAUUUAAAAAUUACUAUUUUCGAAAGUCACAAGAGUCGUUUUUCAGACUGUAAAUGCAAAGUUGGGCAAAGUUUGUUUUUUUGGUGAUUAUGGUGCUAAUGCGGUAUUACUAUCCAUCAUUUAGCAACUCCACACAAAAUUUUGGCGUAUGUUCAUGGUUGAAUGAGUGCGAAUUUUUUUACGUGCCAUCAUGGGUUUUUAUGGUAGUAUCUUCUACUACUUUGAGAGCGGUGUUGGCUCAAUCGGUAACGCGUCUGCCCGUCGAACCAAAGAUCGUGGGUUCGAGUCCACCCCGGGCGGAUGGCUGAAGUCAGUGCGUUGUGUGUAAACAUCUCUCCCAUGUUUCAUAGAUGCAGGCUAUGUUACAAUGGAAAACACUCCGUCCCUCGGAUAGGACGUUAAACGUAGGUCCCGUGUAGAGGAGAGUCACCACCUUUGCACGUUAAGAAGCCACUGCACUAUUCGUAUAAGAGUAGGGGGAAACCCCGGUGUAGUGGUCCACCUGCAUUCCCCCAAUCAGUUAUAUCGGGAGGAGAGACCUGCGGGUCACAGUGAUUCAUUUCGCUUUUCGCCUUCCAGGCACAGGUGACGCCAAAACAAAUAAUAAUAAUAAUAAUACUUUGAAAACAUGUUCGAAUUGGAAAAUGUUAGUGGCUUCCCUCUCCCGAUUUCUCGAUCCCCUCCCCAUUUUCAAAUUCUGGAUCCACCACUGAUCAGUCCAUAGAUUAACUGAUUCUAAGAUAUUGUUAGGAAAAAGAAUGCAUUAAUGCAACAUAAAGCGUAUUCGUUCCUAAGUUUUUAAGUGUGCUCGCUCAACAAUGAAAGUGUAAAAAUAUAAUCUGAAAAUGUGUGGUGAUAAAAUGAUGGAUGAUAUAAAAGCCACUUUAUAACCCCUCGAAAUGAGUCUGUGACAUUGAACAUGCCAUUUUCCCCCUUUGAUGCGUAAUCACUCCUGCAUAAAUUAACAAAUCGAUUUCAUAUUUGAACGGAAUUAUGCCCAUAGGUUGAUCAACAUUACUGCCAAAUUGACAAGUUUGAAAAAAAGUUCCACCAUUUUUAAUAAGGGGCUAUUUAUAGUGUACACACUUUGAAUACCAAUGCAAACCUUGUAAGAUGGGGGAAGAUGACAUCAGCGAAAUGUAAUAAAUGUAAUAAUCGGGAAACGGUCCACCACGUCCUUAACGCAUGUCCCGUUGCCCUUGACGAAGGUCGUUAUACAUGGCAUGGCGGCAUGACAAUAUUCUUUUGUACAUAUUGGAAACAAUGCGGAAAGGUACAUCAAACCAGGGGGUAGAUAUUAUAUCCGACCUCAAGUCAGAAUCCAAAAACAGGGGAUAUCUACCGUCCCAUUGCAAUGUACGCAGACGAAUCUGAUCCCUGAUAUAUGUACAUUGUGGAAAAAAUGAAAAGAAACUACUGAUACUGGAACUUUCGGUCCCUUUUGAAACCAACACAG